AAUUUGGUGCUAUUUGUGUAAAUUCUCUGUAAUCGGACCGUAUUGUCGGAUCCAACUUGAACUAACCACGGUCCUGUCCGAUCCGACACGCCAAUUCCUCACUUUGAAUUAAUACGCAGAAUCUCCGAUCAAAAUCUCUAUUUUCUUUGGAGUUAUUUCCUCGACUCUCCCUACUUCUUUUUUUUUUUGGUUGGAUUCAAUCAAUAGAGAGAUGCAGACGUUGGGUGAAUUCAAGCUGCCUCAUUUCUUCAAUUAUCCUCCUUAUUUCACGUUGCAGCCAGUAAGAGACACUAGAGAAAAGCAGAUACAACUCUGGAAGGAGCUAAUACUUGAUUACUGUCGAACUCAAAAAGUAUUUGUGAUUGGAUUGGAUGAAGAUUUCCAACUAUUUAGCAAUCCUACGAUAGAAAGAUCUCUAAGUCAUGAAGCUAGGGAGGCGUUUCUCUCAGCCUUAGUUUCGGAAGGACGUGCAGAAUGGUUGGAUAAAGGUCACAGAAAAUGUCUAAUCCUUUGGCAUCGGAUUCAAGAUUGGGCUGACUUGAUAUUACAUUUCGUGAAGGAAAAUGGCUUGGAGGAUAGCGUAAUGACAGUUGAGGAAAUACGUUCAGGGGUUGAGUCUCGAGGGACAGAGCUUCAUGGAAUGGAUCGAACUAUUUUAAUGCGAGCCCUCAAGCUGCUAGAACACAAGGGGAAGCUUGCUAUCUUUAAGGGAACUUCUGCUGAUGAUGAAGGUGUGAAGUUCUCCAUAUAAAUUGUUCACUUUCACCUAGGAGUGAGAUUAGAUAUAUGCCAUUUUGCUGUUGAAUUGCUUCAUCUGGAUCUGAUGCCUAACGAUUAUUUUAAUCAAUCAUUCCUACUUUAUCUUCCAAUUGUCUUUACAUUUCCUUGAUAAUCCUAUCUGAAUUCUGUCA